UAAAUAUGGGAAAGAUUACAACAAUGCGAAUCGCCAGGUAGAAGAAAAUGCCGAAACGUAUACCAUUUCACGUUGUUUACGCAACAAGCGAGGAUAGUUCGUAUCCAGCAUGCGAGCUGAACGCACAAGGACCAGCUGUGAGAGGUUGGCGCAGCCUCGGCAAGCAGCCACACGAGCUGUUGCUGCGUCUUACCUCUGUUACAAGCAUUCACAAGCUGCAGCUCCUGGCACAUCAUCAGCUUAUACCGGCGUGUGUAGAGGUGCUAGUAUCAGGUGGUCUGGUAUCUGAAGGUGCUGCAACGCCAUGUGGAGCCACUUACACCAGCGUCGGUAAGGUCACACUUGCAAGACCAGCUCCACAAGCCAGGACUAGAGAACUUAGAUCUGCUGCUUUGCCAGAACCAACAGUAGCCCGUUUUGUGAAACUUAGAUUGUCAGGGCCUCACCCACCCUCUAAAGAAGAUGAACAGGUAGCAUUAAUGGCUGUUAACGUACUCGGGGAUGAGGUGGAAGAUGAAGAAAAGACAGUAGCAGAAAAUAUAAAAACCGAAAUAAGUUUCUCUCCAUAUGAUGAUCUGGCGUUUAUAAUGUAUGUGGACAAUGAGAUUGCUGAUCUGGUUAGAAGUUUGGAUGAGAAGAAGAGAAUCGCCGUUACUGAAGAAAGAUUUGAAUACGCUCGUCGCCUCAAAUCUGCUGGUUCAGCGUUAGCGGCAGCAGGGAUCAGAAUCGGGAGGUGGAGACUCCGAAAGAGGACGGCUGCAGCGAGAGAUGACUUUGAGCUUGCUAGAAGAAUGAGGGACAGAAUAUCAGAUGCUCUCAUGGGCGUGAAAGAAGACUCUGAGUUACUGCGGCUGUUUGAGGAAGAGGGGCCUGACACCCGCAACGACUCAUCAAUGCCCCAAGCCUAUGACUUCUCUCACCACCUAUCUCCAUCUGUGGCAGCUGGUGCUAUGAGCCUGGAUAUCCCAUCACCAGUACCACCAAUAGAGAUGGAUCACCCUCAGUUGAACGGAAUCGGCGACGAGGAACCCAACCAUAUUUCCGCUUCCCCAAUCCAAACACUACAAGAAGAUGUGCAACCAGAACCAGAAACGCCCCAACCAACGCAAGAACAAGAAGAGAAACUUCACCAGCUAGAAAUACAGAAAAAAGAAGAAGAGGAAUUGCGAAAGGAGAGUGACAGCCCUCGAAGAAGUAUAACGCCAAAUGCUGCUAAUGGUUCUACAGUACGCAGAAGGAACAAAAGUGCUGGUCCAAGAUCAACUUAUGAGGCCUAUGAGGAACGACUAUUGCCAGCAUUACGGCACUCUCAUACCAAUGAGUAUCUACGUGAGGCCCGUGAAGAGGAAUGCAGUGCUGGAGGAAGUGCUUCCUCGCACCCUCGUGCCGUACAUAAACUGAAUGAGAGGGAAAGAAAACAGGCUGCACUACCUAUACUUAUAUUUGGUUAUCCUUUAGUAGAAAAGUUCUUCUCUAAGAACUACCUGGACAAAGAAGAAGGUCUCGCUCGGCUGCGCGCUGAACUAACCUCUCCAUCAAAUGGUAGCACUAAGACAUCACCAAACAAAACGGCGAGAGCCGCUGCUAUUUUGCUGCAGAGAGCGCUUAGAGACAAGGUCUUUUCUGUAUACAGUCAGGCUAAUGAGGUGGUCCGUGUGCUGUUCAAGGAUUUUGUUCCUGAUAGAGUGUGUGCAGCUGAAGUAGGACGAUGUCUGGAGAAAAUUUUACCGGAGUUAUUAAGAGCGUGUGGAGAUCCAGCACCCCGCGUCCACUCGACGGCUCAACAUACAGUGCUUACUGUAGCUGAUGGUCCCCACGUCAGAAAUUUACACAUAAUACCACAACAGUUAGUAAGACCUGUUGCCGCUUCCAUGCAUCCACGGCUGGCUUUAUCAAGACUUCAAAUGCUAGAACAGCUCAUUCUCAGUCAUGGGAUAUCGACUGAUAAGAACAGUGGUCUAACAGUUCGUCGUUUAGCUGAAUGCGGUGCAGCAGGUGCUCAACACGCAGCUGGGUCUGUUAGAGCUGCGGCUGAAAGAAUCCUCUUAGCUGCUUAUACCAGGUCUCCUCGGGUCGUGCGAGCUCAGCUCCCGCCAGACGAUGCUGUCACCAGAAGAAAUCUGAUUUACCGUCAUCUGUUCCAGCAGUUCGAUAGGAUUGACAUGCAGAAAAUGCUCAACCAAGCACCCACAGAAGACCAAAUCCUAAACGGGAUAGAACAAGGAGAAUCCUUACACGAAGCUAGCGCCUCCCAAUCGACAAGAAGCGGAACAACUGCCAGUAGCAUGACCACGUCAUUAGGCAUGACAACUUCGUCUGGCAUGACUUCCAUGGACACGUCAUAUGCCCUCAAAUCUAGUGCCAGCAGUGCGACAUUAGCGCCGUCGAGUUUAAGCGGCAGCUUGACUACGUCUAGAAGUAAAAGUAGUCUUAAGAAAACUCCGACUAAGAAGUAUUCACCAAGGAUAGGGACAAAGGAUUCUAGUUAUCCAGGUUAUAACAAACUUAGGUUGGACAGUGCAAUUAGCCCGAAACACUCGCCAAGACCAUCAACUGCCAAUGAAAAGGUACAUUUUCAAGAAAACCAAGAUGAAAUCAUUUUCCGUCGUUCAAAAAGAAAUCCCGAAAACCGCCAUUCCAUGAUACACUACGACCAUGAUCCAUCAAAACCUGAGAUAAAAGAACGACCAGCUACUGUCUACGACCCGCUGCACAUAAACUAUGCUGACUCACCAACAAUUGGUUCCCCUAAAACCUCCAAAACCGAACUACGAAGUCUAGAUUCCCUACCAAUGGACUCGCCACAGUUAUCGCGUCUAGAUUUGCGCGAUUCUGACAGAAGUCUUGACUCUCCAAAGCUCAGAUUGGAUUAUUUUAGAGACACGGGUCUGGAGUCUCCUAAAUUGGUGGCUGGGGUGCGGAAUCUUCACUUGGAUGACCACAGUCAAAUGGAUGAAAGUGGCUAUUAUAGUCCAGGGAGGAGACAGCAAGUAUUAAAUGAGCAGCACAUUGAUAAUUAUGAAGCUGUUGGAGCAGAAGCCAGCAGUGAAACUACACCUGAACCUAUAUGCAAUACAUCAUGCACCUGGUGCGGUCGUCGAGUACGCGCCGCAGCUCUUGAGACCCACUACUGGCGCCGUUGUGUAGUCCUUGCCCGUUGUCCGCACUGCCAUUUAGCGUUGGAGGCACGAGGUCUACAAAGUCAUUUAUUAGAGGAAUGUUCUCUUAGCGAGGGUCUGUGGAGAGCUUGCACAAAAUGUGGCGCUGCAUUACGCACCAAUGAAAGUGAUUACCAUGCUAACUGUAUUCCCCUGGGUCUCGACGAGUGGAAGUGUCCAUACUGUUUCACGAAUGUGUUGGCAAGAGACCUCCCUUGGCAGAGACAUCUUAUGCAAUGCCCAAGGAACCCGCGACUUUUGCAGUCUUCAUAA